AUCACUAAUUUGUGCAUGUGUUCAAAGUUAAUUGAUCCCCGUCUCUGUUAUUGCUGCAGGUAGUAGCCUGUGAGCUAGGAGUGUCGCGGCUUAGUGACGUUGUUAUCCCCAACAUGGCAGAGAGGGCUCGAGAAGGCGCAGGGCGCUAUGGCGCUCUGUUGCUGCUGAUUUUCGUGGGGUCUGUUCAUUUGUGCGUAUGCCCGUUCACGAAGGUGGAGGAGAGCUUUAAUCUGCAGGCAAUGCACGACCUUCUGUACCACAGACUCGACUUGGACAAGUAUGACCACCUAGAAUUCCCCGGCGUGGUCCCGCGGACGUUUCUUGGACCUCUGUUUGUAUCUGCGCUUUGUUCUCCUCUGGUUUACGUGCUGUCGCUCCUGGACGCCCCCAAAUUCUACACCCAGAUAUUAGUGCGUGCCUGCCUGGGGAUAUGUGUGAUCCGUGCACUUUGGAGCCUGCGGUGUGAAGUUCUGACCCGGUUCGGAUCUAGGGUGGCAUCACUCUUCUGCAUCAUUAGCGCUUCACAGUUCCACCUCAUGUUUUACAGCACUAGGCCCCUGCCCAAUGUGUUUGCCCUGCCCAUAGUCCUACAGGCCUUCACAUCCUGGAUGCAGGAGAAAUAUGGCACCUUCGUCUGCCUGUCUGCCAUAGCCAUCAUCAUUUUCCGCUCAGAGCUCUGCCUCUUCCUGGGUCUCAUGCUGCUAAUGACACUGAUGAGCAGGAGAUUCACUGUCCUUCAACUCUUUAGCUACGCCAUUCCGGCUGGCAUAGUAUCUUUAGGUCUCACCGUCUCUGCCGACUCCAUGUUCUGGAGGCAGCUGAUGUGGCCUGAAGGCCAGGUGCUAUGGUACAACACCAUCCUCAACAAGAGCUCCAGCUGGGGAACUGCCCCCUUCCUCUGGUACUUCUACUCCGCCUUGCCGCGUGCCCUGGGCAGCACCAUCCUGCUCCUGCCAUUUGGCCUGCUGGACAGACGGAUGCGAGUCCUGCUGCUCCCGACACUGGGCUUCAUCCUUCUCUACUCCUUCCUGCCACACAAGGAGCUGCGCUUCAUUCUGUACACCUUCCCCGUCUUCAACAUCGUGGCGGCCUGUGGCUGCUCUCGCGUGCUGAACAACUUCCAUAAGUCCUGGAUGUAUAAGAUUGGCUCUUUGAUGGUGUUCGGCCAUCUCUUCUUCAACGCCAUGUACAUGGGGUUGUCUCUGUACGCCUCCCAUCACAACUACCCAGGAGGAAGGGCAAUGCUAGACCUGCACCGCAUGGUUCCGGCAUCUUCAGAUGUGUCCGUUCAUAUUGACGUAUUUGCUGCUCAGACUGGAGUAUCUCGAUUCUUAGAACUAAAUGGUGAUUGGAGGUAUGACAAAAGGGAGGACCUGGAGCCUGGAGACCUCAGAAUGAGGAACUACUCUCAUGUUCUCAUGGAGGCGGACCAGACACGUGUAGCGACGCUAAGGGACUCUCACCGUCCCCUUGCCUUUGUCCAAGGCUUCAGUAAACUGGUCUUCCAUGUGUUCCAGUUUCCCCCAUUCAGUGUUAAUCUGGAGGACAAAGUGGUUCUUUUGGAAAGAAUUCCUCAAUACAAUUAACUAGAACUAUGGACUAUUUAAUAUGAUGAGUGAAGAAUUCAUGCUGAAGUUCAUAAUUGUUGGUUUCAUACUGAGAUGGUUUUGUAAAUGACAUUGACAAAACUCUUACUAUGUUAGAAGCUGGUUCCUUGCUUUGCGAUAAAAUCCUUUAAGUUUGACCAUUGGCAUAUACUGAUUUAUAUUUGUUAUACUCCCCACAAAUUAUUGUAUUUGUUUGUAGCUGAAACGGUUUUGAGGUUUCUUUAGUUUUAAAAACUGGUUAUACUUCAGUGCUAGUUUGCACCAUAUGGGAAAUUGUUAGGGAUUAUCAGGACACAACAGUCAUUGCUUGUUGAAAUGAAUGUAACAGGAGGUUAAUUCCAGGGUUUAUGCUGGAAAAUUCAUUCACUGCCGUGUCUGACCUGGAUGAGACUAGGAACUAUAACACAAAUGUAAACGCCUGUAGUCACUGAAUUACUGUUGAGCAGAAUUUGAAAAGAGCCAUUAAAUGCAUUGUCACUAUCA